UUUUUUAAAUGUCAUAUGAAACUUUUGCAGCCUCAUAGGUCAGUAGGAUCCUGCCCUGCGCAGAGGCAGCAGCGACAUCUGCGCCUGAACCAGAAGGACAAGAAACCUGCAGCAAAACACAAGUGGACAACUUCCCGAGAGAUGGCUGUGCCGGCACCGUUUCUGGUGUUAUGUGCUUGUGUUUUGGGGUUUUACCAUGUGGAAGCAACACCAGACACCCUGAGCUCUCUGGAUUUGUCCUUCUGUCACGGCGGACUAGAGGUGAUCUAUCCAGAACUGCUCAUUGAUGAAUGCCUCAUUAUUCCAAAGGACCUGAAACUCAGAGAAAUGAUCAGCACCGUUUGGAAAGCCCCCCAGAUUUACUUCUCUGGAGCACACAAGGGCAAUGCACUCAAGAAAGGACACAUACAAGGGACGACCCUCACUGACUAUUCUCCUCCAAGCCCACCACAGAAGUCUGGUUUUCACCGCUACCAGUUCAUGUUGUUUGAGCAGCAACCAGAGAAACCAGUGUCACUCGCCGAGCAGGAGGAGAAGUCCCGCGGCAAAUGGGAUCUUCAGGCCUUCAUCACAAAGUUUGAUCUAGGAGAGCCUGUGGCCAGUCUACAGUUUCUCACCCAAAACUACAAAGACUGAAGGAUUCUCAGAUGCCUGAAAGAUGCUGUGGAAGUAGAAUUCUUCAGUACAAUCAUAGAAAAUAAGAUGUUUCCCCACUUUCCCUGAAUUAAACAAAAAAAAUUCUUCAAAGCUUGCAACAGGUCAGCCCUCUUUGCCUCUAUCUUAUCGUAGAGUUAGAAAGAGAUUUCCUCUUUGUGUUUCACCAGCUGCUAGGUUUUGAUGUUGCCCUGUAUCUCUGUCACGUGGUCUGGAGCGAAGGAUUUGGGAGAUAGAUUUUGACCUCACUGGGGAUUUCUUAUUAGUUUCCGAACACUGUUGGCAAGAGAAGGAAGACGGCCUGAUAUCACAACUCGGUGUGGAAAGAGUUGAUUCUAAUUCAGGGGCGGAAACACGUCAGGGCCAAAAAAAGGAAGUGGGAGGUGAAACCGAGACCGCAACACAGCCGGAUGCCGCAGUGGAACUUGAACCAAAAUACUCUGCAGAGUGACAGGGCAGGGGGAGGGACUGCAGGGCCUGUGGUGUAUUGGGUGAAGGGAACUUACUGUUUGUGUGAUUGUUUAUCAUAUUUCCAUUGACCACUCUCACCUCAAUUGGAAACACUGAGUUGCUUUCAGGUCCUUGAUUGAUUUUUUUUUUUUUUUUUUUUUAAGCUCAAACACAUGUUGAAGUGUCCUUGAAUGUAACUUUGGGACAAUGAACCUAUUUUGAACUUUGGACAGUUGCUUUAGAGGCCCACCUGGAAGGUGUGUAGAGGAUGAUGUGGAUAAACUUUUCAACCCUUUCACGAGGAGAUACUUUUCAGACUUCAUGGGUCUUUGUAGAGGGUGGGUCAGAGUACUCCCAAUGAGGAAUAUUGGUUUCGAACCAGAAACUGUCCUCCGGGAGGGGAUUGUAUCAAUACCCCAGAUGUCAGAAAAAGGCUGGAUUUAUACGAAGGACUUUGAUGUUCUGAUGAUCAAUCUUUAGUUGGUGGAUUCAUUGACCCCAAUUUGGUGUCUCAUCAGUGGGCUCGGCAGGAGUAGGUAAUGGAGGUUUUUGUUCCUUUGGUGGUUAAGCCAGCCUUGGUAAACCCCUAUGUGCCCCCUCAAUGAACUCUGGGAGAUCAUUGAUCAAAUUGUCCUGCAUCUGCUUUGUUUGCUUAGCAGUCGACUUAGCAGUCAAAGCAGCUGUGUCCACAAACAAAACAACCAAAACAAUGCACAUAAGCACAGUUAGUCAGACAGUCCAUUGCUUUUGAACCAAUGUUAAGUACCCGUCAGUUGGAAUAUCACUCUUGACCUUGAUUUACCCAUCUUAUUUGACUUAUGAAAUCACAUUUUUAACAAUUGGCAAGUGCAGUAUAAUUCCACACUCAUUGUGAAGCAUGCCAAGUGGGAGAGCAUUCUUCCAAAAAAACCACCUACUUGAAUCCAUCAGUACACCAUUGAAAUGCCAAGAUUUGUUCUUCCAAAUACACUGUGCAUUUUUUCUUUCCUUUAUAUCUUGGAGAUAUCCUGCCAAAACAGCUGGGUUUUGCCACUCAGCUUCCUUGAAUGUGUUUAUUUUUACUCCAAAUGUCAGGAGAGUUGAAAUAUUCUGAUUAAGAAAAACUGACAGCUGUAGUUCUACAGUGCACAGUAUAUUGCGUUCUCUGAAAAAAGGCACUUCUUACAUCCCCUGAUGAUAUGGGAAAGGCAUUUAAUAUCUUCUUAAUGUAUUCAAACUUACAUUAAUUAAAAGGAAUUUGUAUAAUCAAUUCAAUUGCCUAACCGGCACUAAGUGAUCUAAUAUGCAUGAUGACUUGAGUCUCCAUUCUUCUUUUCUCUCUGUUUCUGAAGUAGUGCAGGCGAUUUAUUUCACUGGAGAUUUUAUGGAGUUCAUCACUUGUUGUGAGCAGUGGCAAAAUGGAUUUGAGUGUGACAUCUGUUCAAUGCAUGUGAACAGUAUGGUCUGCUGACCACUUUGCACCUUUAUUUUCAGUGUGUUUGACCCCUACAGACUGAUUUUGUUGCUGCAAAUCUGACUGAAGAGAUUCAGUGCGGUUUAGUCCACCUGAAGAUUUGAAUCCUGCCUCUGCAGCAUAUUCACGUGUACAGUAUAUCCUUACUUUUAGGCUCUGUUAUACACAAAAUAAACACAAAGUCAAACUGUGCACAUAUGGUAAAUGGCCGGUACUUGUAUUGUUGGCAGAGGCUAAGUUGUCAACUCCUACACAUAAACUGAUCAUUCACACACACAGCAAUUUGGGGUUCAUUAUCUUGCCCAGGUCCGAGGACUGGGUACAAGCAUGAUGUUCAAUUUGAACUACUGUAUUGCAAACUUCUGGACUUACUAGGAAACUAAAUAAACAUACCUUCAUUGAUACAAGUUGCAGUUUUCAUCCAUGUCUGUCCAGACUCAUAUAACAUAUGUAGUGAAUACUGGCUAAAUGGAAUUUAUCACCAUAUUGAUUAUAGAUAUGAUUCUACUGAAUAUAAGUUUGUUGAAUUGAUGAAUGAGCAAUUAUUUGUAUUAUUAUAGAUUUAUUGGCUAAAUAGAUUGAUUACUAUGUGAAGAUGGAUUCUUAUAGAGUAUAGCUUCUCAAAAUGCGGUGUUUUGUUUUCUCCUGGCAUUAUUAGAUGCAAAGCCUCUCUAUGAGCUGUACAUUGUUUGCGGUCAUGUGAUUCCAAUGAUCCUCAAAAUGCAGAAUUGAUGAAAUGGAGGAAACUCUGUACUGUGCUAGGUGUUGUUUACUUGUUGUAUAGUCCCAGUCAGACAUGUGUGUGAAAUCUGGAAUGGCCCAAUUCAUUCAUUCAUUAAAUUAACUAAAAACCCAUUUUGUAUUACUUUUGAGUCAAAAGUGUCCAACCAACUGUGAAAUAUGGUCACAAUCUUCCCUUCAGUUCCUGAGCUAUGGCCAAAAAGUUUUUUUUGUUUUGGUUUUUUUUUCUUUUCAUAUUAUGAAGUUGGCCUUUUGGGUAAAAAUUGUUGUCUCCCAAUAAACAUCUGUGUGAAAUUA